AUGCAGCAAAUGAUGCAACAGCAGCAACACCAGCAAAGAACUGAUACAACGCUGCAAAACAUUGAAAGACAGAUUGGUGGUAAAACAAUUUCAGACCCAAAUCCUAAUUUUCCAGCAGGAGCACAGCAGAAUAUUUCCAGGCCAUUUGCACAACAUUUCAAUCAACCAGAAGUUUCAGAUUCUGAUCAAACUGAUGGAGUAGAUUUUGGCUUAGAAUUUACUCCACCAGCAGCUUCAAAUUCAUCUCCAAAUUCAGCACAGAAUCUGGAAAAUUCUGGACAGAAUCUGGACAGAAAUCUAAACCAGCAAGGAGUUGAGCAUUCUAUUCCAUUACCUUUCCCUCAAAGAAGUGUACAACCAAGGAAAGAGUUGGAGGAAGAAAAGGCUAAAGAAUAUCAAGAAUUGGUGAAAUUGUUCAGCAAGGUUGAAGUGAACGUUCCUUUGCUUACCAUGAUUAAGCAAAUUCCAAAAUAUGCCAAAUUCCUCAAGGAUCUUUGUGUGCACAAAAAGAAAUUGAAGGGAAAUGAAUUGAUAAGUAUGGGAAAGAAUGUUUCAGCAUUACUUCAGUCAGUUCCUCAGAAGUGUGAAGAUCCAGGAGUUUUCACCGUGCCUUGUGUGAUAGGAGAUUGUAUCUUUGAGGAUGCGAUGUUAGAUCUUGGAGCUUCUAUUAAUGUGAUGCCUAAAUCAGUUUUUCAGUCAUUAAGAAUUGGACCUUUGCAGCCUACAGGUGUAGUGAUUCAGUUGGCCAACCGUAGUCAAGCACACCCAGCAGGAGUGAUUGAGGAUGUAUUGGUAAAAGUGAGGGAGUUAAUUUUUCUUGCAGAUUUUUACAUCUUAGAUAUGGAGGGUGAUGUGCUUGCAAACAGGGCUCCGCUUAUUCUGGGACGUCCAUUCUUGAAGACUGCUAGAACAAAGAUAGAUGUACAUGCAGGAACUCUUUCUAUGGAGAUAGGAGACACAGUGGUUCGUUUCAGCAUUUUUGAGGCUAUGAAGCAUCCUAGAGAGGAUCAUUCUAUACUUAGCAUGGAUAUAUCGGAAGAGUUGGAUGGCAUGGAUUUCUUGUCAGAUAUUGAUUCAGAUUUGGAGGUUUCUGAUUUUGGUCAAGAGAAUGAGAUUGUUUCUUUGUUGGAGGAGAUUUUAGAGGUGGAAGAAAGUGGUAGUUCAAGUGAAUGCGUAGGGGAUUGCUUAGGAGAAGCAUUACCCCUAGGAUCGCUCAGAGAGGAAGAGACACAAGAGGAGUUGAAACCAUUGCCCCAACAUCUGAAAUAUGCAUAUUUGGGAGAAAAUCAGCAGCUACCUGUCAUCAUAGCUCAGAAUUUGGAACCAGAUCAGGAGGAGAGAUUAUUAGAGAUUCUGAGACAGCAUAGGAAGGCCAUUGGAUGGACUUUGGCGGGCAUUCCUGGGAUCAGUCCUUCCAUUUGUAUGCAUAGGAUCUAUUUGGAGGAGGAUGUGAAGCCAAAGGAGGUGACUAGACUCUUACAGGCAGGCAUUAUUUAUCCGAUUUAUGACAGCAAAUGGGUCAGUCCUAUCCAUGUGGUUCCGAAGAAGUCAGGGGUGACAGUGGUAGCUAAUGAAGAGAAUGAACUGGUGCCCACGAGAGUGAAGAAUUCCUGGAGAGUAUGUGUGGACUACAGGAAACUGAACCAAGCAAGCAGGAAGAAUCAUUAUCCACUACCUUUUAUUGAUCAGAUGUUGGAGAGGCUGGCAGAGGACCAGGAGAAGACGACCUUCACUUGUCCUUUUGGGACAUUCGCAUAUCGUAGGAUGCCAUUUGGAUUGUGCAACGCUCCAGAGCAUGGCAUUGUUUUAGGUCAUAUAGUCUCUAGGAAAGGCAUUGAAGUAGAUCCUGCUAAAGUUAGCGCUAUAUCUUCUUUAUCUUACCCUGCAUGCGUGCGGGAGAGGUGCAGAGAGGGUUUUGACAGAUUGAAGGAGGCUCUUACUUCAGCACCUAUUAUCAGACCCCCAGACUGGUCCUUACCUUUUGAGUUGAUGUGUGAUGCUUCAGAUUAUGCAGUGGGAGCUGUACUAGCACAGAGAGUGGAUGGAGCACCCCAUGUUAUUUGCUAUGCUUCCAAGACUUUGGACUCAGCUCAAGCAAACUACACAACAACAGAAAAAGAGCUUCUUUCUAUUGUUUUUACUUUAGAUAAGUUCAGAUCAUAUCUUCUUUGUUCUCAUGUGAUUAUUUUUUCUGAUCAUGCAGCUUUGAAGUAUCUCCUCAAGAAGCCUGAUGCAAAGCCUAGAUUAAUCAGAUGGAUGCUUCUGCUUCAAGAAUUCGACGUAGAGAUACGUGAUAGGAGCGGGAAGGAGAACUUGGUUGCAGAUCAUUUGAGCAGGAUUGAAGGAGACUUAGACCAUUCGGCCAUUGAUGAUGAUUUCAGGGAUGAGCAGCUUCUACAGCUGCAGGGUGAGUCUCCAUGGUUUGGAAUACCCAGGGCGAUCAUAAGUGAUCAAGGGUCUCAUUUUUGUAACAGACACAUGAAGGCUUUGCUACAUAAGUAUGGGGUUACACACAAAGUUUCUACAUCCUAUCAUCCUCAAACAAAUGGGCAAGCAGAAGUGUCUAACAAGGAGGUGAAAUCAAUUCUUGAAAAGACUGUGAGACCGGAUAGGAAAGAUUGGAGCAAAAGACUUGAAGAUGCACUUUGGGCAUAUAGGACAGCUUUCAAAACCCCUAUUGGAAUGUCCCCUUACAGGAUUGUGUAUGGAAAAGCAUGUCAUUUGCCUGUGGAGAUUGAACAUAGGGCGUAUUGGGCGGUUAAAGCAUGCAACCUUGAUAGUGACACGGUUGGAGAAGAAAGAAAGUUGCAACUGCAAGAACUUGAAGAGAUUAGAUUGGAAGCCUUUGAGAACUCACGGAUUUAUAAAGAAAAGACCAAGAGAUUUCAUGACAAACAAAUUGAGGUGAAAGAUUUCCAAAUUGGUGACAAAGUACUUCUAUAUCGAUCUCGUCUCAAAUUGAUCAAAGGUAAGUUGAGAUCUAGAUGGGAAGGACCUUAUUGUGUUACUAAUGUAUUCUUUUAUGGAGUGGUUGAGAUCCAGGAUAUGUCUACUGGCCGGGUUUUUAAAGUGAAUGGACAAAGGCUUAAAAGGUUUCAUGAAGAAGUGAAGGGCUUGGUGGUGGAGGAAAUGGAACAUGUUGAUGCUAUCUACUCGAGCUAG